AUGUCCGAUAAUUAGUAAUCGUCUGAAAUUCAAGAAUAAAGUGUCUAAGACUCCUCUCUUUAAUAAGAACAACCUUAAGAAUCCAAAGUUCUCAACACUUGGGCAAGAUCAUCAAAAGAUUUAAUUGAUAAAUAUAAAAAUAAGUUUGACGCAUUCAAAGCUAUGGCUGUACAAGCAGGCUACACUGAAGCACCACAAUAAUCAAUAAAAAUUGAAACAAACAUUAAUAAAAUAGAAAUUAGUAAUAAGCAAAACUUAAAUCCUUAAGAAGACUAGGUUGUAUUAAAUAAAGUAGAGAUUAAACCAAUCGAAACACAAGAUGUCACUUUAUAACAAUAAGUUUCUUAAGGAAUUUCUGAUUAAUAGAAUGAAUAAACUUAAUAGGAGGUAAAAUUAGAAGAAGAUCCAGAAUAAUUAAUGUAACUCAAUGAAACUCUUUAUAAAUAAGAACCAAUCAAUUAAACUGCUGUUUCUUUUAAAUAUGAUUUUAGCUUGAAAUUUGCUGAUACAAUUAAUUUAGAUUAACACCCUUCGAAACAAGAAAUCUAAUCCCAAAAAAAAUUAGAUUAUUUAUAGAAUUAAGAACUCAGAGUAAAGAACUCAGAUAUUGUUGUAUAAAAAGAAGAAGUCGUCAUUCCAGAUCAUCCGGUAGUGGCAAACAAUUACAUGGAAUUGUUAGAUUAAUUUAAGAGUGCAGCUACAUUAGAAGAUCUAACUGAUUUAUUCAAUCGAAGAACUCCUUUCAAAGAAAGAUAUAAUCAAUAAGAACUCCCUUCGAACCCAACAAAUAACACUUCUAAUACUAAGGUUAGUAAUGAUUAAACUCAAAAAUCAAAGACUAAAACAUUUGAUACUUUGUUAUAAUAAUUUAAUACUCCAAAUAAAUUCAAUUAAGAGGUUUUGACUGAGAAUGGAAGUGGUAAAAAUGGAGGAACCUAUCUCAAUUCAUAAGUUCCACAAGUCAAUGUCAAAUUAUCUAAUGGCAAAUCUCCAAAUGCCAGAUUUGGUUUUAUAUAAGCAAGUCCUUCUUCAUAAUUUAUCGGGACUUCAGGCCAAAAGACAAAGAAAGAAAAUACUUAUCUCAAUGUUAAAGUAUAACAAACAAUGAAUUUUACGGUUGAAGUCAAAGACAAUGUUAAGCCCUAUAAAAGAAAGGACGAAUUAUCAAAUUUUAUGGGUAAAUUAGGUUUGGGUAAAUAUGAAGCACCAAAAGUAACAAUUAACUUGGAUUCAUAGAAUGGAUAAAAUGCCUUUGAUAGAUUGAAAAAUUAUGUGAAUAAUAUUGGGAAUACUAGCGCAAAGAGAACACCAAGUUUAGGCUUAGACGAGUUAGUGAAUGAUAAAUCAUUUAAUACAUGCACUUUUAAACAAUAAGUGAAAGCUUUUAAAAAGGAUAAAGGGGAAAGAGGAGAAUCAACCUAAAGAUAAGGUAUACCAGUUGAGAAUCCAAUGCUGCAAAAUUAAUCAUUCAAAAAUUUACAUCUCAAAUUGUUACAUCAUUAAAGAGCAGAUUCUUAAGUUGGAAAAGCAGUGAGGAUUUGAAAAAUACUUUUAUUAUUUAUCAAUUUUUAUGA